AUGGCGGCGCCAACACCCCCCAUUCAUCCCGCUUCGCCCGACACAGGCCCAACCGACCCUACGCUGCCGCAGCUGCCUGCUGGAUGGACUGCGCAAUGGGACAAUUCGUCUCGCAAAUACUACUACGUUCAGAUUAGCACCCGUGUGUCACAAUGGGAGCUUCCUACAACCGAGGCUCCCAUAGGCCCCGGCUCCAACCGCAGCACGCCUGCCCACGCCACAAACCCAUACAACAAACCGGAUGGAUCACAGGGGCCAGAUACUGGUGACGGGACACGGGGUGUCGAUGGUCCCACAGGCGACCGCUCUGGUGGACUUGGGGGCUUCGCGAUGAAUGCACUCAUGGGUAACAACAAGCACAGCAGCGGUGGUGGCGGCGGCGGCGGGUCGAACAACCUCGUUGGCCAACUCGCUAGUUCCUUCCUCGGAGGCGGAAAGCAAUCGCAUGGCGGCGGCAGCGGUGGCUCGAGCAAUCUCGUGGGUCAGCUUGCUGGCUCGCUCCUUGGUGGUGGAAAGCAGAACAAUCAUGGAGGCUCGUCUGGCGGCCACAACAGCAGCUCAGGCCAUGGCUCGAGUGGAGGUGGUCUCGGGAGCCUGCUAGGCGGUGUCCUUGGUGGUGGUUCGCAUAACAAGCCUGCCAAUAGCGACUACGGCUAUAGCCACACCUCUUCGAGUGGAUCAGGUGGUACCUACACAGGCACCGCGCCUCCAGCAUCUUACAACCCGGGUGGCCAGCCAGGUAGCCACGGUGGCGCACCACAGAGCCAACCGGGCUACUCUUCCCCUGCUCCAGGUGGAUAUGGUGGUGGCCAGCCGCCAUACGGUCAACCACACGGCCAACAGCACCAGCAACCAAACUAUGGCGCACAAGCUGGAUUUGGGGGACAAUCUGGCUAUGGCGGCGGCGCACCCAGCUACGGUGGACAAGGCCCACCACCUGGUCCUCCUGGAGGCUAUGGUCAACAAGCUGGCUAUGGCGGUCCUGCCGGCUACGGCGGUCCACCCGGCGGUCACUACGGCGGCCCUGCAAACUACGACAACCCUCAACACAACCAGUACGGCGGUGGCCCGCCCCAUGGAAACCAAUACGGGGGUGGGCCUGGCCAAUAUCCUCCUCCUCCAGGACAGCACCCAGGUGGCUACGGCGGUCCACCGGGUCCUCAUACACCACAACCUGGCUGGAAAUAG